AUGUCAAAGAACAAGAAAGCCGAAUAUCCAGAAUUUUAUUGUUGCUACCUCUUACGCUCACUUCAAAGCAAACACAGGAAUUACGUAUACAUUGGCACGACCCCGAAUCCCAUACAACGACUACGACAACAUAAUGGAGAGAUAGCAGCAGGCGCACACAAAACCGAGAAAAAACGGCCAUGGGAAAUGCUUUUGCUCGUGCAUGGUUUUCCUACCAAUACUGCGGCUCUACAAUUCGAAUGGGCGUGGACAUAUGACCACUACUCUCGCCAUUUCCCCGGCCGCCUUACGAACCAAAAGACCUCAUUAAAAAGUCGAUUAGACGUGUUACAUGAAAUGUUGCGUUUAGAUGUAUGGAAUCGAUGGCCAUUGGCGCUGCAUUUGGUUGCUGCAGACUCGAAUCUCAUCAAUACAGAUAUGCUUCCAAAACAUAUUAAAGUCACAUCGGGUCCUUUGCAGACUAUGAGAUAUACGUUUGCCGAUAAGGGCCGUGCCGAAAGUAAAUAA